AAAGAACAUUUUCUUAUGGGCGUGUUUGAAUUUAAUGUGGUUUAAAAAAACAAAAUAUCGUCUGUAUUGUGCAACCAUAGCGGUGGCGGAAAAGGUUCUUCGCCUUCAAGGCAUUUAAACAAAACGAAAGUAAACUUAGCCGUAGAUUACGUGAUUUUUUGAGAAACGAGCCUCGAAAUGGAAAUGAAACUCUUUAUGGAUUUAGCCUCUGUUUCAUACGUAAUAUCAUUAAUAAAUUGAUCUACAGGUUUAGGCUGGCGAUGGUCUCCCUGAAUAACCAGCUGAUAAAUGCUCAAACGUUAAAAGCUGACAAUAGUUGCACAAGCUAAAACCGGCAUACGAGCAGGUGUAUGAUAGCUUUCAGCAGCGAUAACAAAAUUGCAUUGUAGAUAUUUAACUUGCUUAUUACUAUGAGUUGACGAACAGAAAACUAAUAUAAUAAAAACACGAUAAACACCCUCCUCCUCUCUCCUCCCUCAUCUUACAUACCUACAAUAACAGCAAGUUACUAUCGCUUUCUUUAUACAGCAACAACGGCACCAGCAUAACUUCUCCCUUUUUAAUUACGUUUCUUUUUUGUUAUUACAGAUUUAACUGAUCGAUCAGGGGAACAUCAACUGCAAUCAUGGGAGGCUACCUUGUGCUCACUUUGUUUGUUUUUCUUGUUGAUGGUCUGGUUGCUGACACAUCUGGAUUGAACUUGCUGUCAGUGAUGGAGGGACACAAUGUGACUCUAAGCACAGGUGUUACCAAACAACAACGUGACAAGAUGCUGUGGUAUUAUACUCUGAUAGCUCUGAUCAAUGGAGAUCCCAGUAAGAGUUGUCUGUAUUAUGGUGAAGGAGGGAUAUUCAGAGACAGACUGGAUGUGGACUAUGAGACUGGAUCUCUGAUCAUCACAGAUAUCACAUCUCAACACGCUGGACGUUAUGAAGCAAAUUUCAUCCAAAGCAAGAGCACGGGAACCAGCCAAAGCUUGAAUCGAAACAGCAAGUGUGACGGCACAAAAAUCACCAGAAAAAUGAGCAACAUCGGCGAAACCAUAAAAACUUUAAGUGUUUCUGUCACUGCCUCUCUCUCUAGAACUGACAAACCCAACAAAGUAUCAUACAAUGGGGACAAGGAACAAGAGCAUGAAAGCAGUCUGUCUUUGGGUCUUAUAGCUGGAAUAUGUGUUGCUGCUAGCUACAGCUGCUAUUCUUGGUGUGAUUAACUAUCGUUGCAGGAGAUCUAGCAAGGAAAACAUUGAUAAAAACAAGUCUGAGCAGCUGCUGAAAGUCCCAUUGUGAGGUAAGACACUGCGUUAUUGUACAUUGAACUUGAAAUCAUUUUAUUUUAGCUAUAUUUAAAUGAACAAAUUUAGUUGACUAACUUUCAACAUUUUAUUUAAAUGUAGCUAAAAUGAAGGUAUACGGAUUAAUAAAUGCCUUCCGAAGUGAAGCGAUGCAUUUUUGUAAGAAAAAUAUCCAUAUUUACAACUUUUAUAAACGUUAAUCUCUGAAGUAGCAUCCAUCAGAUGAUGUAGGCCAGGGGUCGGCAACCUACAGCACGUGUGCCAACAGUGGCACGCAGAGGGAUGAACGCUGGCACGCGAGCGAUAGCGAAAACUGCAUACUGACGUACAUUCUGAGGUAAUAACUUCUCAUAGUCACAAAGGAACUGAUAGGAACUAUAAAAACUAUUAAAGUGUGAGAAUUAAGUUGUGCUAGUCGCUGCACAUACUUGGCGCUUCAGAUCAAAUCCUCAGCGGUCUAACAGCGCUCGUCAAUGUCAAAAUGACUGAGAUGGCCAAUCAAAUCAAAGUAGGCGGGGUUUACUGUUCACAGAAUCAAAGUGCAAAGCGUCAGUUUAAUGUUAAAGUUGGCACGUCAUGCCGAAAAGGUUGCCGACGCCUGAUUUAUUAUUAUAUGAUUAUAUUUUAGAGUAAAAUCUUGAUUAAAGGUUUAUUAUUAUAAAUUAUUAUUAUUAUUAUUAUAAAUAAUAGCUAUUUUUAUCACUUGUAGUUAUAAAUAGUCACUUGGAAUUAUGAAUUUGAUUUACUUAAAAAAAAAAACAGUUUAUUUUUAUUUUGUCUUAUUUUAUGCAUUUAUCAUACGCUAAGAAAAAGCCUCUCCAUGUUAGUUAAUAUAAAAUGUCAUAAAUAAUAAUAUAUACGUUAUAUUGGCUUAUGCUGAAAUCUCAGACAUUUGUCUUAACAAAUCUUUGUUUUGUUUUGCUUUCUCCUCUGUCACUCGCGUAUUCGUCAUUGCGUUUGCCCACAUCCUACGUCAUCCGGUGGACAACACUCUCGUGAACGUGCGCACGACAGGUAGCGGAGGCUAAAGACAAAGGUUUAAGUUGUAAAUAUGGAUAUUGUUCUUAAAAAAUGCAUUGUGCCGCUUCAGAGGGCUUUAUUAACCCCUCUCGGAGCUGUGUGGACUUCUUUUAUAAUGGAUUGGUUCAGUUCUUUUGGACAUUAAAUUCUGGGCUACCAUCCACUCCCAUUAUAAAGCUUGGAAGAGCCAGGAUGUUUUUAAAUAUAACUCUGAUUGUAUUCGUCUGAAAGAAAAAUGUCAUAUAUGAGGCUUGAGGAUUAGUAAAUCAUGGAGUAAUUUUCAUUUUUGGGUGAACUAUUCCUUUAAUAUAACGUAAAUUAUGUCUCCAUGUAGCCAUUUCACAUCAUUAAAAUAAUGUCGACCCAACAUAUGUAUAAAACAAUGUGGAUUUUUUUAAAUAAUGCAAGUCUUUCAUGGGUUUUUUACUACACCUUUCAGACACAUCAUGUCUAUUAUAUUAAGCCACAGAAGCCUUAAUACUCUGGGUUCCCUUUAACUGGAAAUCUUGUUAAC